AUGUCGACGAACGAACGCUGGAAGAAAGUCCAGAACCUUGGAUUAUGCCGAACAUGUCUGUUCAACCACGGCAGACGCCCCUGCCGAAUCAACAACCGAUGUGGCGUAAAUAAUUGUCAGACUCGCCAUCAUCCCCUUCUUCAUUCAAAUGCGAAUGAUGCCUCAGAAUUGGCUGCCUCGACGCCUUUGGACCUCCAUUUCCACAGUGGAGAACUACCCUCACUGUUGUUCCGUAUAAUCCCAGUCAAUCUAUAUAACGGAUUGAAAAAAGUGUCAACCUACGCCUUUUUGGACGAAGGGUCUAACAUUUCCAUGAUUGAGCGGAAGUUAGCAGCGAUGCUGGACGUGACGGGCUAUCGCCGACCUCUGUGUCUUAAAUGGACGGGCAAUGUCACAAAAGAAGAGGAAGAAUCGCACAGAAUCACAGUAGAAAUAUCAGGGGCUCAUCAGGAUGCAGCAAAGUACAUUAUAUCGGAAGUUGGUACUGUCGACUCUCUCGACUUGCCUCGGCAGAGUUUGCCGAUCGAAAACCUUGCAGGACGGUUUAGACACCUCCAAGGUCUACCCAUUCAAGGUUAUUGCAACGUUACGCCUCAGUUGCUGAUAGGAGUGGAUAACUUAAAACUGGCAAUCCCACUGAAAGUACGAGAAGGACGCGAAGGAGGCCCCACUGCCGCCAAAACAAGGCUUGGCUGGUGCGUUUACGGGGGCCACCGUGAAGAGAGCCAACUAUCUAUGAACUAUCAUGUCUGCGAGUGUUCUGAAGUCGAACAUCUUGACAAAACAUUGAAGGCCUAUUUUACCCUAGAAGAAGCUGGAAUACAAUCGGGCAUCAACGAAAUCGCACAGGACGACGAGCGCGCAUUACGAAUUCUGGAACAAACGACAAAACGAGUAGGAGAACGCUAUGAAUCGGGACUACUGUGGAGAUACGACGAUUUCGAGUUCCCCGACAGCUAUGCUAUGGCCGUCAAACGUCUCCAAUGUCUCGAGCGCAGACUGGCCAAGGAUCCUGCACUUAACGAUAACGUGCGGAAGCAGAUCCACGAGUAUGAGUCAAAAGGCUAUGCACACCGUGCCUCACCAGAGGAGUUAACCGAGGCGGAUCUUCGUCGAGUCUGGUAUUUGCCACUCGGAGCGGUAUGCAACCCAAGGAAACCUGGCAAAGUACGCCUUAUUUGGGACGCCUCGGCAAAAGUGGACGGAAUUUCGCUAAACAGCAUGUUACUUAAAGGACCUGAUCAGUUGACAUUGCUACCCGCAGUUCUCUUUCGUUUCCGUCAAUAUCCAGUAGCAGUGAGCGCAGAUAUUAAAGAGAUGUUUCAUCAGGUACGCAUCCGAUCCGAGGAUCGUCAUGCUCAACGAUUUGUGUAUAGGAGUAACCCUGCAUCACCCCCGGAAACGUACCUGAUGAAUGUAGCAACCUUUGGGUCGUCGUGCUCCCCCGCCACAGCGCAAUUCGUGAAAAAUACGAACGCCAACAUGUUUGCUCAUGAAUAUCCCAGGGCAGUGCAAGGAAUCGUCCACAAUCAUUAUGUGGAUGAUUACCUUGAUAGCUUUGCUAGCACGGAAGAAGCUGUCCAGAUUGCGUCACAAGUUAAAAUGAUCCAUCAAUACGGUGGAUUCGAGAUUAGGAAUUGGUGCAGUAAUGAACGAGUCGUCUUGGAACAACUGGGAGAAGGCAAAGAACAAACCGUCAUUGAUCUGGAUUCCGGAGCCGAUAAGCAGUCGGACAGAGUACUUGGUCUGUCUUGGGACACCGAAGCGGACGAGUUUCGGUACAACACUUAUUUGUUAAGCGAUAUUUCCCGUCUACGAGAGACCAACACGAAGCCAACGAAGCGCCAAUUAGCACGAUGCGUCAUGUCGUUUUUCGACCCACAAGGGUUCUUGGCGCCAUAUUUAGUAUUUGGCAAAGUUCUUCUUCAAGAUACGUGGCGGGAAGGCACAGGCUGGGACGAGCAAAUCGAUGACAGAACGUUCGAACGAUGGCAGGAAUGGCUGGAUAUACUGGACGACAUCAACAACGUAAGAAUACCUCGAUGCUAUUUCUCCAAGGGUGAUCUUUCGACGUUGGAAAUUCACACGUUUGUUGAUGCAAGCGAAGUUUCGUAUUCGUGUGUCACGUAUUUCCGGAUCACAAAUCCGUAUGGUUCAGCAGAGGUGGCAUUUGUGGCAUCGAAGACUAAGGUAGCUCCCCUAAAACCAACAACAAUACCUCGCCUUGAGCUCAUGGCUUGUGUUUUGGGAGUACGGCUGGCCAUGUUCGCAGUUGACGGACAUUCAUUAGCCGUGAAGAAGCACUUCUUUUGGACUGACGCAGAGGUUGCAAUGAGUUGGAUAUAUGCCGAUCCUCGGAAAUACCGCCCAUUUGUUGCUUUUCGAGUGGGUGAGAUUUUGGAGAAAUCAAAUCGUGAGGAUUGGCGCUGGGUCUCAUCCAAACAGAAUCCGGCAGAUGAAGCAACUAAAUGGGGAGUGGGACCACACUUCAGUAAGAACAGUAUCUGGUACGAAGGACCCGAAUUUCUUCGUUAUCCCGCACAUCAGUGGCCGCAACAGAAGAGGACUGGCAUAGUUUCGGACGAAAUUCGGGCCUGUUAUGCUCAUCGUCAGCUAAAGAUUCCGGAGCAACUAAUCGAAGUUGACCGGUUUUCAUCCUGGAGAAAAAUGUUGCGAACGAUGGCCCACGUCCUUCGGUUUGUGAACAACUGCCGAACAACGCUCCCCGGUCAAGGGCGGAACAUUGGUCAUCUGACACAGUUCGAGCUCCAGAAAGCUGAGGAAUAUUUGUUUCGAGCUGUGCAAUGGGAGUGUUUCGUUGAUGAGCUAGCUACAUUGACCAACAACCAAAAACUUCCGUAUCAGAAUCGGCAGGAACUAGAAAGAACCAGCCCCCUUUACAAGUUAUCACCGAUACUGGACUCGUCUGGAGUCCUCCGCUUGGAUAGCAGGAUCAGUGCUGCUCUGCAUGUACCCGCUGAAAUGAAACACCCAAUCAUUCUGCCAAAGCGACACCGGUUGACUACGUUGGUACUUGAAGAUCUUCAUCGUCAGCUACUACACGCCAACAACGAAUCAGUCGUGAACGAAGCACGGCAACGCUUUUACAUACCGCAGCUGCGCACACAAGUGAGACAGAUGGCCAAGCAAUGUCUAGUGUGCAAAAUACGUCGAGCUCAACCGGCUGUUCCUCGAAUGGCCCCUCUUCCAACGGCUAGACUUGCCUCCUACUUACGGCCCUUCACUUACUGCGGCCUCGACUAUUUUGGACCCGUUUUGGUGAAGGUGAACCGCAGUCACGUGAAGCGCUGGGUUGCUAUAUUCACUUGUCUAACGAUCCGAGCGGUUCACGUAGAAGUCGUUUACAAGCUCGACAUUGAGUCCUGCAUUAAAGCAGUACGCCGAUUCAUAUGCCGUCGAGGGAGUCCUGCAGAGAUAUACAGCGAUAACGCAACCUGUUUUCGUGGCACCGAACGACUGCUCAGAGAUCAAAUCAACAAAGGACUCGCGGCCAAAUUCACGAGUACGCAGACCGAAUGGAAGUUUAUUCCCCCAAGUACCCCACACAUGGGAGGUGCUUGGGAGCGAAUGGUAAGAUCGGUGAAAGUCGCUUUGUCUUCCCUUCAGGAUAGCAGUGAGAAGCUGAACGACGAGUCUCUGCAAACUUUCUUGGCGGAAGCAGAAGCCAUCGUUAAUUGCCGGCCACUCACCUAUCUGCCUUUAGACUCAAUAGAACAAGAGGCGUUAACUCCUAAUCAUUUUUUGCUGGGAAGUUCCUCCGGAGUUCGGCUACCGGUUGUGCAAACGACCGAUGAAGUAUCUCUAUUAAAAGGUUCGUGGACAACAAUUCAGAAGCUUCUGGACAUUUUUUGGAAACGUUGGGUCAGGGAAUACCUUCCCACUUUAACAAGACGUACAAAAUGGUUCGGCGAAACUAAACCAAUUCAACCUGGAGAUCUGGUCUUCAUAAUUGACGAUACACGGCGCAAUGGAUGGGUUCGUGGACGUGUACUUGAAGUGCUGCCAGCUGCGGACGGGAGAGUGCGCCAAGCCGUAGUACAGACUGCUGGGAAAGCACCAUCUAAGAAAUCUGUAUCCAAAUUAGCAGUUUUGGAGAUAUCGAAGGAUCCUGGAACCCAGGUCAUUCCAGGGUUCCACCGGGGGGAGGAUGUUGCGAAACUGGCAACCGCGCCAGGGCGAAAAUCGAAUCAGGCCGAGCGAAAUGACGAAGAGACGUGUACCGAUGAGAAUAGAGAAAGAAACAGAAAACAAUAGUUCUCGACAUGUGAUGUGUUUAUUGCGGAGCACAUAAAACUGUAUUUCAUGAUUAAAAUACUUACCAAACCAUCGUUUAAAACCUGUUCAGACAACGAUUAGUGUCAGACUAAGGCCACAUAUUAUCCAACUUGAUAACCUAUACUCAUUGUCAUACACCAAAUGAGAUUCGUUCAAUGAACUUAUAUGCGUAAUGUAUGCACUUCUUGGCUAGUUAUUUAUAGAAUAAUAAUUAAGUCCCUUUGUAGCCUAUAUCAAAUUAUCUGAUUCUUUCCAUUGUUUUGGGACAAUUUGCUGAAGAUUAUAAACCCACUGAAAUUGUAAGUCAGCCAUUUGAAACAUUUAAUGAAGAUUUCAACUAAUGCAUAAUACAUUUCUAGCUUAAAGCAUCUGCUAUACAAAAUCAGCGGCGUUUUACUUGUCCCCCAACAACU